AUGCGAUUCAAAUUAAUUAAUAAUUUGAUAUCAUAUUCUAACCGCAACAAAAAUCCUUCCUCAUCCUCAUCAAAAUCACAACUUCAAACUGCGGCACAAGUUAAUGAUCCGGAACCAGUAUUAAAGAUCCACGACGUGUUCAUAAGUUUUAGAGGAGAAGAUACUCGUGCUUCAUUUACUUCACAUCUUUAUACCACUCUUCAGAAUGCUGGAAUUACUGUCUUUAUUGACGAUAUUGACCUUCAAAGAGGAGAUCACAUUUCAGCAUCUUUAUCACUAGCAAUCCAGCAGUCUCAGAUUUCUAUAAUUGUUUUCUCAAUUAAUUAUCCCGAUUCGCGGUGGUGUCUCGAUGAGUUGAUGAAUAUAAUGGAGUGUCGCAGAACCCUAGGGCAGGUGGUUGUUCCAGUGUUCUACCAUUUAGAUCCGUCUGAAGUACGCCAUCUGAGAGGCAAGUUUGGAGCAGCUUUUCAACGUCUUUUGUACAAAAUUACAAACGAGCUGGAAAUCGACCAGGGGCAGGCGCAGAAGUUGUUGUUAAGUUGGAGAGAAACACUUCGUGAGGCAGCUAGCAUUGCAGGGUUUGUAAUACUUAACUCCAGGAAUGAAAGUGAGGAUAUCAAAAGAAUUGUUGACAAAGUUUCACAUUUGCUCAACAAGACAGACUUGUUUAUUGCGCAUAAUCCCGUGGGAGUUGAAUCUCGAGUGCAAGAUGUCAUUCAACUUCUACCCAUUCAAUCAAAUGAAGUUAUACUACUAGGGAUGUGGGGCAUGGGGGGAAUUGGCAAAACAACCAUUGCAAAAGCCAUUUACAAUAAAGUUGGCCGCAAUUUUGAAGGUAGGAGCUUCAUUGCGAAUAUUAGGGAAAGUAGGGAGAAAAUUGCGGGACUUGUGGGUUUACAAGAGCAACUUCUAUUUGAUAUCUUCAAAGAAAUGACAAUCAAGAUACCACACAUUGGUUCUGGAAUAAACACAUUACAAUCUAAACUCCGUAAAAAAAAAGUGCUUAUUAUACUUGAUGAUGUGAGUACGAUAGAGCAACUUAAUACUUUCUGUGGAAGUCGUGAAUGGUUUGGUCCAGGGAGUAUAAUAAUCAUCACUACCAGAGAUCUGCAUUUACUUAAAGGGAGAGUUGACAAUAUAUACAAAAUGACAAUAAUGAAUGAAAGUGAAUCAAUCGAGUUUUUUAGUUGGAAUGCAUUUAAGCAAGCAAGUCCUACAGAAGAUUUUGAUAGAAUUUCAAGAAAUGUAGUUGAAUAUUCUGGGGGAUUGCCGCUAGCUCUCGAAGUCCUAGGGUCAUAUUUGUUUAAUAAGACAAAAUUGGAUUGGGAACUUGUACUGGAGAAACUCAAAAGAAUUCCUAAUAGUCAAGUGUAUAAGACGUUAAGAAUAAGUUAUGAUGGUUUAAAUGACGAUGAUGAGCAAGAAAUAUUCCUUGACAUAGCUUGUUUCUUUAUUGGAAUGGACCGAAGUGAUGUUAUACUUAUACUAAAUGACUGUGGACUUUCUGCUGAAAUUGGAAUAAACAUCCUCGCUGAGCGUAGCCUUGUGACUGUUGAUGAUAAGAACAUGAUUGGAAUGCAUGAUUUGUUGCGAGAUAUGGGAAGAGAAAUCAUUCGCGAGGAAUCACCAAAAGUGCCUGAAAAGCGUAGCAGGUUGUGGUCUCAGGAUCAUGUGAUUGACAUAUUAUCAAGACAAACUGGAAAAAAAAGUGUUAUGGGACUUGCUUUGAAGUUGCCUAGUGCAAAUGCAAAAUGUUUUAGCACCAAAGCAUUUAAAAAGAUGAAAAGACUUAGAUUGCUUCAACUUGUUGAGGUAAAACUUGAUGGAGAUUUUGAAUAUGUUUCAAGAGAUCUCAGAUGGCUGUCAUGGAGUGGAUUAUGUCACAUACCUACAAAUUUCUAUCGAGAGAAUUUGGUUUCCAUCGAGUUAGAGAACAGUAAUGUUGAUUUUCGGUGGAAUAAAACUAUGAGGAUGGAUAAGCUGAAAAUUCUCAAUCUUAGUCAUUCUCGCCGUCUCACACGAACCCCUGACUUUUCGAACAUGCCUAAUCUUGAAAAGAUAGUACUCAAAGAUUGUCCAUUGUUAUCUGAGGUUUCUCAUACCAUUGGAAAUCUCAAUAAAAUUCUUUUGAUAAAUUUGGAAGACUGUAUUAGCCUAUCUAGCCUUCCAAGAAGCAUCUAUAAGUUGAAAUCUCUGAAAACUCUCCUUUUUUCUGGUUGUUUAAAGAUUGAAAAGUUUGAAGAGGAUUUUGCACAGAUAGCAUCUAAAGAAUCUGAAGCCAAAGUGCCCUUUUUAGUGCUAAGGUCCAAAAGCAUUGGAUAUAUAUCUCUGUGUGGCUAUGAAAAAUUUUCAUGUGAGGUGUUUCCAUCUAUCAUUUGCUCUUGGAGGUCAUCACCACUUCAGACACAUGCUACCACGUCAUCGCUUGUUGCUCCAGUUGUUAAUAAUUCCUACGAUGCAUCAUACUUUUCUUACCACCUUCCAUGGAUUCGUAGUAUUUGGAUGGAUUGCAAAUCUGAAGAUCAACUUUCUUCACAUGCUAAAAUAGUUUUGGAUGCUUUAUAUGCCAUAGGUUCUAAGGAUUUGGAAUCAACAGAUACUACAUCACAAGUAUCAAAUAGUACUACUCGAACAUUAACUCAAUGUUGUAGUCUAAUGCAUGUUUCAGGAUCAAAACAUUACUCGAAGCCUCUUUUAAUUCAAAUGGGAAUGAAUUGCCAAGUCACUAAUAUUCUGAAAGAGAAAAUUUUACAGAAUAUGGAUGUCAAUGGGAGUGGUGGUUGUUUUCUCCCCGAUGAUAGUUAUCCAAAUUGGUUAACCUUUAAUUCUGAAGGUUCUUCUGUAACUUUUCAAGUCCCUCAAGUGGAAGAGCAUAACUUGAAUACAAUGAUGUGCGUUGUCUAUACUUCCACCCGAGAUGACAUAGCAUUCUAUGGCCUUAAAAUGGUGUUAGUGAAAAAUUACACAAAGACUACCAUUCAGCUUUAUAAGAGAGACACAUUAGCCUCCCUUGAAGAUGAAGAGGGGCAGAGGAUAGUAUCAAGUAUGGAACCCGGUAAUAAAGUGGAGAUUGUCUUUGUUUUUGAGAAUAGUUUCAUUGUGGAGAAGACAUCAGUUUAUCUCAUAUAUGAUGGACCGGUUGACAAAAAAUUGGAGCUAUAUCAUGUACCUGAUUUGAGAGGCAUUGCUUGUAGAGGUGAUGAAAAAGAACACUCUGUCAAGAGAAUAUCUACUGAAGAAGAGUCCAUUGACGACUUCAAUCGAAACAGAAAGAAGAAGAAUCGAGUGGAAUGA